AUGGUUAAACCUAUUAUAUCACCUUCUAUUCUUGCGUCGGAUUUUGCCAAUUUAGGAUGUAAUUGUAAAAGGGUAGUGGAUACCGGGGAUGUCGAUUGGUUACAUUUGGACGUUAUGGAUGGUCACUUUGUUCCCAAUAUUUCAUUUGGAGCUCCAAUUAUAGAGAGCUUGAGAAAACAGUUUCCCCGAGAUGGUAGUAAACCUAUAGUCUUUGAUUGUCACAUGAUGGUGUCGAAUCCAGAAGAAUGGAUCGAAGAUGUCGCUAGAGCCGGGGGCGACUCGUACACAUUCCACUAUGAAGCUACUAAGGAUCCCGCUUCAGUUAUAUCGAAAAUUAAGAAGCACGGAUUAAAAGCUGCUAUGGGUAUUAAGCCAAAUACUCCGAUUGAUGUAGUUUACCCAUAUGCCGAUGACUUAGACAUGGUUUUAGUUAUGACUGUAGAGCCUGGUUUCGGCGGGCAAAAGUUUAUGGAAAACAUGAUGCCCAAGGUUGAGGCUUUGAGAGCAAAAUACCCACAUUUAGACAUUGAAGUCGAUGGCGGUUUGGGCAAGGAUACAGUGAAACCGGCAGCAUUUGCAGGGGCAAAUGUGAUUGUUGCGGGAACGUCUGUAUUCAAAGCAGAAAAUCCAAAAGACGUUACGCAAUUUUUGAAGAAAACUGUUGAAGAAAGUAUAUUGGCUAGAUCUCAAUAG